CGGACGGGGAUCGUAGUGGGGACCGUCAAAGAAAUGCGUGUGGAGUCGGCCGGCUUACGUCCAUUCCGAUAGCAGACGUUAGAGCGGCAAGAUGGCUGAUUACAAACUCGGCAAACUCAUCAACGAGGGAAAGACGAAGAAGGUUUACGAACUGCUGAACGACUCUACGUUAUGUCUGCUGGAGAGCAAGGACCGCAUUACCGCCGGCGACGGCGUCAAGUCGCACGCCUUGGAGGGCAAAGCGAGGAUCAGCACGUCCACCACCGUGAAGGUCUUCGGAUUGCUCAGUCAAGCCGGCAUCAAGACGGCUUUCGUUAAGGCUGCCGGGCCGCAGGCCUUCAUAGCGAAGAAAUGCGACAUGAUACCAAUCGAGUGGGUCACCAGGAGACAGGCGACCGGUAGCUUUCUAAAGAGACACACCGGCGUACCUGAGGGUUACAGAUUCAAUCCGCCUCUGCAGGAGACGUUCUUCAAGGACGACGCCAACCACGAUCCGCAAUGGUCCGACCAGCAAAUCAUUUCCGCGGGCUUCCAGAUGGGCGGCAGGAAGAUAACCAAGGACGAAGUGGAUAUUAUAAAACGCACCACCGUCGUCGUCUUCGAGAUUCUCGAGCGAGCUUGGGCGGUGCGUAACAGCUCGUUGAUAGAUAUGAAGGUAGAAUUCGGCGUGGACUCGAACGGCGAGAUUCUACUGGCUGAUAUCAUCGACAGCGACUCCUGGAGACUCUGGCCUGCCGGUGAUAAGAAGCAGAUGAAAGAUAAGCAGGUGUACAGGGAUCUGUCCACCGUGACACAACAGAAUCUGGAGACGGUAAAGUGUAACUUCAAGUGGGUGGAGGAGCAGUUGGAUCAUGUCAUCGAAGCGCCCACCCCGUUGGUUGUUAUACUCAUGGGCUCGCCAUCCGACGAGGCGCACUGCCGGGACAUUGCAAGGCACGCCGCGGCGUUGGGUCUGAAGCCGCAACUCCGAGUCUGCAGUGCUCACAAGGCUACCGAGGAGACUUUGAAUAUUCUUGCCGAGUACGAGGGCAGCGGGGAAAACGUGGUACUGAUAGCGGUAGCCGGCCGCAGCAAUGGUUUGGGCCCAGUGCUCUCCGGCAAUACAGUCCUGCCUGUCAUAAAUUGCCCACCUUUGAAAUCGGACAAUAUCGAACGAAGCGUGUGGUCCUCGCUCGACGUCCCCUCAGGACUCGGCUGUACGACGGUCGUGCAUCCGGAGGCGGCUGCACUCGCGGCGGCGCAGAUCCAUGCGAUGCAGAAUCAUCUGGUCUGGGCUCGUUUGCGAGCGAGGCAACUCUCAAACUACACGUGUUUAAAGCAAGCCGACGUUAAAUUACGGAAGUAAACAGCUGUGCUUUCUACUAACAAAACGAUAACUGGCAAUUAAAUUUAGCGUUACAAACGUCAUAUCGUCAAACCGGAGACAACUGUUUCGUUGUUGUUUUUUGUUCCCCCAAGAGUCUCGUGGAGACACAGCAAAUACAAUUGUGAGAAGAACCGUACAUUCUUUUAUAUACAUUUCAGUGUAUUAAUUCAUUUUGAAUGCUACUUUAGAAAUAUCUUAUAUAGAGCGAUUGUUUUCUUCCUUGUUUUUUGUGCCUUGCAUCCAUGUAGAUUUAGGCACAAUUUUGUUAAAAAAUACAAUAUGAUCGUGCCAUAGAUUGCGAUACGACCUGAACUUUAUCGUAUCAAUGAUCACGUUAGCUCUCUUCAUAUAUAUUCUACUGUUACUGAUUCUAGUAAUACUUUACUGGUUUCAAGUAUGCAAUAUUCGUCUAUUUCCGCUUAAGCAAAUUUUCGAAUAAUGUAAAACUUGCCUUUAUAUAAAUUUAUAAUAAAAUGUAUGUUGUAUCCAGAAUAAAAGUGCAAAGUCGAAGAUCUC